GAUGCUCCCAAUACUUCUGUUAGUCUUAAAGGUGCCAUAGGACCCUCUGUUGCUUUUUGCAGGAUCAGGGUCUGAAGCUGUUUAUUACACCCCAUUCUUUCUCCUUCUUUCUCUAUUGAUUUAUCUCUGUUGAUUUCUUCACCUAUCUGAGUCCUUACUGGCCUGUUAUUAUUCUGGAAUAUUCUUUAUUAUUAUAAUUUAUUUGUAUUUAUUUAUAUAACCAUAGCUAUUUACUAUUCUUCCUCAUUUUCUCAUCCUCUCUCUUUAUUACCCUAUAUUGAUUAGACCCCAUUAUGUAUCUUUCUCUGGCUUUACAGACCAGUCAGGCUCUGUUGAUUUCAGCCCUGACUGUGCUCCCAUUAGCCUUUAUCUCCGUUAAUUGGUAUUCAACCCUCUGCUGAUCGUUUAUUCACCUCUCAGCCCCUCCCCAAACCCGGGGCCCCCUGCUGGCUCCCUAGCACCCUGACAGUAGGUGAAGGGGAGGGAUCUGCCUUGUUUAUCCCUUCCACGUGUUUCUCUCCAUGUGGCUCCAAGGGGGCGUAGCUAACCAGCCCGGAGUCAAUGAUUGGUGCUGGGCAUUCGGAAGGGGGCGUGGUCAGGUUGGUACCCGCUCCCGGGCCAGGUUUAAAUGGACUGGGAGGGGCCGCUUGAGUAGCGUAGCUGCUGUUCUCCCUGGGCUGUGACUCAGAAACCAGCACCAUGGGGAAAGAGAAAAUCCACAUCAACAUCGUGGUGAUCGGCCAUGUGGACUCCGGGAAAUCCACCACCACCGGGCACCUCAUCUAUAAGUGCGGGGGCAUCGACAAGAGAACCAUCGAGAAGUUCGAAAAGGAGGCGGCUGAGAUGGGCAAGGGAUCCUUCAAAUACGCCUGGGUGCUGGAUAAGCUGAAGGCCGAGCGGGAGCGUGGAAUCACCAUUGACAUCUCCCUGUGGAAGUUCGAGACCACCAAGUACUACAUCACCAUCAUCGAUGCCCCUGGCCACAGAGACUUCAUCAAGAACAUGAUCACCGGCACCUCGCAGGCUGACUGUGCGGUGCUGAUUGUGGCGGCCGGGGUGGGAGAGUUUGAAGCUGGCAUCUCUAAGAACGGGCAGACCCGGGAGCAUGCCCUGCUGGCCUACACGCUGGGGGUGAAGCAGCUCAUCGUUGGGGUGAACAAAAUAGACUCCACGGAGCCCCCUUACAGUGGCAAGCGCUACCAGGAGAUCACCAAGGAAGUGAGCACCUACAUCAAGAAGAUCGGCUACAACCCAGCGUCUGUGGCUUUCGUGCCCAUCUCUGGUUGGCAUGGGGACAACAUGCUGGAGGCCAGCGCCAAUAUGCCUUGGUUCAAAGGCUGGAAGAUCACUAGGAAGGAUGGGAAUGCUGCAGGCACCACUCUCAUGGAAGCUCUCGAUUCCAUUAUCCCUCCUUCCCGCCCAAUUAACAAGCCACUCCGUCUGCCCCUGCAGGAUGUCUACAAGAUUGGUGGAAUCGGAACGGUCCCAGUGGGCCGUGUGGAGACUGGCUUCAUGAAGGCCGGCAUGGUUGUGACUUUUGCCCCCACCAACAUUACCACGGAGGUGAAGUCGGUGGAAAUGCACCAUGAGGCUCUGGCAGAGGCGCUGCCGGGUGACAACAUUGGGUUCAACGUGAAGAACGUGUCUGUGAAAGACAUCCGGCGUGGGAACGUGGCUGGAGACAGCAAGAACGACCCUCCCAUGGAGGCCGGCAGCUUCACCUCUCAGGUCAUCAUCCUGAACCACCCAGGCAAGAUCGCCGCUGGCUACUCCCCAGUGCUGGAUUGCCACACUGCUCACAUCGCCUGCAAGUUUGCGGAGCUGAAGGAGAAGAUCGACCGCAGGUCUGGCAAGAAGCUGGAGGACCAUCCCAAGGCACUGAAGUCCGGGGAUGCUGCCAUUGUGCAGAUGAUUCCUGGCAAACCCAUGUGUGUGGAGAGCUUCUCGGAGUACCCACCUCUUGGUCGCUUUGCUGUUCGUGACAUGAGACAGACGGUGGCCGUGGGUGUGAUCAAGGGGGUAGAGAAGAAAGCCAGUGCAGCUGCCAAAGUCACCAAAUCAGCUGUGAAGGCCAGUAAGAAAUGAAGACUGGGCAGCACCAAAACCCAACAGGCAAAAUCACCGUCUGGACUGACUUGUACAGCACAGAGCACGGAGCCUCAGCAAAUGGCCCUGGCAGAGCCAUGGGUGGGAUGGGUCUGCCUGACCCCUUGCACUUUAACUUUUCUAACUGUCCUCACUGAAUAAACUGCCCAUU